CUAACAUUCGCAAACGGUUGCAAACAAGUUGUAUUGAACGCACCGGUAGCCGUGUACGUUCGCAAACGGUCGCUACCUACAAUCGGGGAUCGUAUGCGAAGAAAACAAAAUGGCUGCCGUAAAACCUAUUUUUGCUGGUGGCUGGAUGAAACUAAGGGUUGUGUUAGAUGAUGGCGCAACAGAUGUCAUUCAGGUUGAUGCUGAGGCAUACCGAAGUAUAGUUUAUGACCAAGAUCAAGGGACUGCAAAAAAGGUUGUGGACGGUUACAAGGAAGCCUAUGGACGAGAUAAAUCCAUAGUUUCACUGGAAGUCAUUGGUGACGUAACUGACGUUGAUGGCAACAAUAAUGUUAUAGAUGAUGUUGUAGAUGAAGAAAGCCAAAUGGUUGAUGAGCUGGGAAGCCAUGAUCAGCCGAUCAACAGCAUGAAGUGCACUGGAGGUCAUACUUGGACACAUGAAGCAGUGCUGCUACUGAUUGAUUUAUUCGGCAAAAAUAAGGAUAAAUUUGCAUAUUCCUGCUUCAAACAAAAAGACAUCUGGCAAUGCAUUUCUGAAAAAAUGAAAGACAGUGGGCACACUGUUGAUGGCGUUCAGUGUAACGAGAAAUUUCGUUCCCUGAAGUAUAGACAUAAGGUGAUUACUGACAGUAAUGCCAAGAGUGGGCGGGGGAGACGAAGUUGGCAGUUCUAUGAGGCCAUGGAAGAGGUUAUGGCUGGAGACCCUGCUGUUAGGCCCAUCAAAGUUGUGGCAUCAGCAUUGACUGCUCAAGAACGGUGUCCCCCAAAAAGGCAGCUAUUUACAGCUACACCAAUAAGGCCGCAGAAUGAAGAACACAAUGAACAAUCAACUCCCGGUGACCAAACACCUCACACACGAAAACGCCGACGUGUUCAACAGGAGCCACCUGAAUGGUUUCAGGCUUUUAGGGCUGAGCAGAAUGAAAGGAUGGACCGGUUAGAAGCAGCCAACAACUCCCUGAUAAAAAUUGCACAGGAACGAAAUGACAUUUUAAAAACCCUUGUAAAUCAUUUAACGAAGAAUAAGUAAAGUAAAAUUGAUUGUUUGAAGAUUAUGGAGAGCUAUACUGUACUUCUCAUCUGGUUAUUUUGUGGCAACUACCAACUCUAUCAUAUCUCUUAAACUACAUGAUGUAUUGCAUUGAAACCGUAUACAAUGCUUCCCAACCAUCAUACAAACUGAAAUAAGCAAGUAAGCUAAAUCUAUCAUGCAUUUAAGGCAUAUUAUGGCCCUCUGUCUUUUGAAUUAGAUGAUAUUGUUAUUAUAUUAGGGAAAGUUUGGAUUUUCCCUUAUAAGUCUAAUACCUUCAUUCAAUUCUAUUCACAAAAUCACGUUUUAGGGCAGGCUGGGAUACUUAUAACUUCUAUACCCUUCAUUCAAUUUAUUUGUAAACUUCACACAGUUAUUCAAGACCAUCCCGCCUUAAUACAAGUUAUGGCACCUGAUUGACUUGGGAACUUAUCUUCAAGCUUAUUGCAGGUUGAAGUUUGAGGGCCAUUUUAACCCUUAAUACCAACUAUGGCCCUUUUUGUGUUAAAAUGUCUUGCAUCAUUGUUUGGGCGGUCUAGUGUGAAGGCAGCUCAAAGCAACCUUAUGGCUCAAAUAAUUUUCGGUAGAUUUCACAUGUACUGACCAAAAUUGGUAUAAAGGAAGAGUUUAAUGAGACUUCAUGGGAUUGCAUCUGAGGUCCCUUGGAUCGAGAUCAAGGACAAAGGUAAUAUCUGUAGAACAAUGGUUGGUAUUGAAUAACUUAAGUAAGGGUCGACAUAUUGAAAGCCAACUUAGUAUACAUUAAGAGUUUAUCGAGACCUUUCAUAAGAUUUUGUUUAUUGCUUAUGACAAGCACAUCUAUUAUUAUUGUAUUCACAUCUAAGUUGAGUGGCGUAGUCGAGCCCCUUGUCUUACGACAGCUCUUGCAUUAUAAAUGUAAUACUUGAAAAUGAAAAACAAAUAUUAACACUUAUGAAAAAUGUGUUGUAACAAUCUUGUCUCAUGCUUUAUAAAUUUUUGUAAAUGUUUUCUUUGGAAAUGUUCUCUUUUGAAAAACAUUGAUGAGCCAGUAUCAUAUAAAAUAAUUCAUUCUCUAAUUCAACUUUUAUAUUACAUAAACUGAAACCAUUCUCAAAAUCCUUUAUGUUAUGACUCUUUAAAGCCACCUCAACUCUUAUGUUAAACAAUGCUUUUAAAAUAAUUAAUACAUUAUACAAUGCUUUUAAAAAAUUCAUUAACUAUGUUCAGUAUCUGUGCAUGAACCAAGUUCAUUGAUAAUGAUAAUUAUUUUGCUCAAAUACACCUUAUCCUAUUGAUUUUAAUUAAUAAGAAGGCUGGCAAAUUAUUGACAUAUGCAUUUUUUAUAUUUUCUUAAGAUGUUUUGAAGUGAAAUGAGUUGAUGCUGAGGUUGAGAUUAGAGUUCUGUUUGUGUCCUUAGACAAGAACUGUUCUCAUGUUUGUGUUAAUUGCUGAUAGUUAAUGUAAAAUACUAUAGGCAGUUUCUCUUAUGUCUGCAGUUGAACUUGCGUCCACCUGUUACAUACGUAAAUGAGCUCGAUGAUAAUGGCGGAACGAGGACUCUUUGGCUAUUACCAUUAUUCUUAAAUGUGUUCCAACAAUUAAAGACUUCUGGUUUGGUCUGAAUGUUAAAAGGUAGCAAAUAAGGUUAUUUUGCAUGAUGAAUUAAUUUCAUAAGGUAUUAAUAAGUAAAUGAUUGAAAGUGAAAUAAAACAAAAUUAUGAAA